CGGCGGGCGCCGCGGGGCUGAGCGGCGGGCGGCCGGGGCUCCGCGGCCCCCGGGGGCACCCGCCCGCCCCGCCCGGCACCGCACCCGGCACCGCACCCGGCAGCGCACCCGGUACACACGGAUUUACGGCGCGGACUGCAGCCCCGGAGCGGCCCCCGCAGGGAUGGAGGGAUGUGUGCGCAGCUGGGAGCAGCAGGAGCAUGGCACAGCCCCACAGGGAUAGAUGUGAAGGUGGUUCCCUGUGAGGACACGGCGAGACCCUCCCAGACCCUGGAGGAGUGUGGGGUCUCACUGGGGCGAGGGGAGCUGCCCAUCCUGCCCAGCCGGCCAGGUCUGCCUGCUGCCCAAUCGCCUAGUGCAUUCCCAGGGAGCUGUACCAGGAUCUGGGGCUCGGAGCCUGGAGGUGCAUUAGCGCCGUCAGAUCGCUGGAGAGCCUGACAACAAUGGGGGACCUGCCACAGGAGAGGGACAUCCCUCCAGGAGGCCCCACACACCUGUGAGCCCUGGCUGCAGGUGGCAGAGGGUGUUCGGCCAGCCCUGGGGCUGGGGCCAGAGCUGUGGCACUUACGGAGCACAGCCAGCAAAGGGCCAGGAGCUGGGGUAGGGUCUGCAGGGGCAGCCUGGAGCCCCGGGAGAGCAGGGCUGCCUGCUGAGCCGCUGCUCCUCCAGGAACCUUCUCCUGGAGCUGGGGGACGGAGCAGCCCUUGGUUGCUGGGCUCACUGCAGAUGUCCCCUUGUGCCCCGCUGGCAGGGCUGCUCCCCUAGUGCCAGCUUGGAGGGACAGCUGCUCAUCUCACCAUGGUGCUGCCGCCGCCUGACAAGCGUCACGUCUGUCUGACCACCAUCGUCAUCAUGACCAGCAUGGCCUUCAUGGACGCCUACCUGGUGGAGCAGAACCAAGGCCCCCGCAAGAUUGGCGUCUGCAUCAUUGUGCUGGUGGGGGACAUCUGCUUCCUCAUCGUGCUGCGCUACGUGGCAGUGUGGGUGGGGGCAGAGGUGAAGACGGCCAAGCGGGGCUAUGCCAUGAUCCUGUGGUUCCUCUACAUCUUCGUGCUGGAGAUCAAACUGUAUUUCAUCUUUCAGAAUUACAAAGCUGACAAGAAGAACCUGGAGACGGUGGCCAGGAAAGCCCUGACCCUGCUCCUCUCCAUCUGUGUUCCGGGGCUCUACCUGGUGCUGGUGGCCUUGGACAGCAUGGAGUACAUACGGACCUUUCGGAAGAAAGAGGACUUGCGGGGACGCCUCUUCUGGGUGGCUCUUGACCUGCUGGAUAUCUUGGACAUCCAGGCUAACCUGUGGGAGCCGCACAGGACCGGCCUGCCCAUCUGGGCAGAGGGGCUCAUGUUCUUCUACUGCUACAUACUCCUCCUGAUCCUGCCUUGCGUGUCCCUCAGUGAGAUCAGCAUGCAAGGGGAGCACAUUGCCCCGCAAAAAAUGAUGCUCUACCCUGUCCUCAGCCUGGUCACCAUUAACAUCGUCACUAUCUUCAUCCGGGCCAUCAACAUGGUCUUGUUCCAGGACAGCAGGGUCUCCACCAUCUUUAUAGGCAAGAACAUCAUCGCCAUCGCUACCAAGGCAUGCACCUUCCUCGAGUACAAGCGGCAGGUGAAGGAGUUCCCCCAGAAUGCCAUCGCCCUGGAGCUCCAGCAGAACUCCCUCUCCCACAACCAGACCAUCCACAGCACACAGGGCAUCCCCCAUGAGCCAUCGCCCACCAGUGAGAUCCUUGACACAUGAGGGAUGGCCUGCAGACGAGCCUUGGUUCAGACAGCCCCAUGCCGAGUGGAGGAGGGAUACUGCUCUCUUGCUGCCACGGGGCGAGCGCAACGGACAAAUCCCAGCAGUGAGGGCUCUUCUAGGCACAAAACACCAACCAUGUUUUAAUUGAGCUAUGGAGUGUCCCCUAGACGUCUUCAUCUCAGGUAUAACCCUAGGAGUCCUCCAGACAAACCAAAUGAACUUGCAAAGGACCUGAACCAGCUAACCCUCUCUCUCCCUCCUGCCACCAUCUCCCCUCCUGAGCAAAGACCACUAAGGUUGCAAUGUCCCUUUUUACUCCUCAAGCACCUCACCUUUACUCCAAGCCUGGAACGAAGGUUUUGUUACCGGAGACCUUUUUAUGGAGUGGGGACAGGGGCAUGGGUGUUUGGGCUGGGGGGGAGGGUGGGACGUUUGAACCAGUAAACCCUGUGAUCGUAGAUGUCUCUUAUCUCCAAUGGUUGUGUUUACAGUUUCCUAUUUAUAACGGCUCCCAGGGGCUCCCGGGCUGCCCCAGGGGGCCGGUGUCCUUGCGGUGGGUGCUGGGCAAGAGCAGCAAGCCCUGCGUUGGGGAGCAGGGCAGGGGGCCAGCGUGGCUCCCCAGCCCUGGGAUGGGGGGGACUGCGCCUCCACCAGCACACUGUGCCGACUCUGCUGGGAGCAAUAUUUGACAAGCUAAAGCUAAUCUAAUGCUGGUGUUUUAUGUAUUUCAUUCAAUCCAAACAACUCAGCACAAUAUUUCUAUUUUUAGAAGGGUCUAUCUCCCCCCCACCGCCAUUGUGAGCCUCCCUGCCUGCAGCAGCUGUGCAGCCUGCCUGCAGGCGCAGGCACCCAGGAGGGCUUAGUAAUAAGGACAGCGACGAUGCCUUUCACCCCAGCAUCGAGCGUUUAUAAAGAGGGCUGCUUUCCACAGCUACUAUAUUUUUAAAAUUAAAUAUUUCCAAAAAAACCCCAAACCACAAAACCCCCAAAAGAGCUGGGAAGGACGUGCUGCCCCGGGCAGGCGGCUAGGUUCGGGUGGGGGGGCACGGGUCUCUGCCAUGCUGCUGUGACGGGGGCUCAGCUGGCCACGGGCAGCAUGGCGAGAGGCGAGGGCCAGCCAGACAAUAAAAGCCCCGUGAGAGCAAUGGCUUCUGGUGGUCUCUUUUCUGCCAGUGUGUGGAGGGAGGGAGGGGGGCAACUCGGGGGGCAGCUCCUGUACAGUCCAAAUCACUUGGGUCCUAUAUCUGCCUCCCCUGGACCCCCCAAGUGCCCUGCCGAGGUGCUGUGCCCUGCACUCAGCAAGCAGUGGGCACAGAAAGCAAAUAAAUAAUUUUUCCAGAUUAAAUGUUGCCCCAGGGGCUGGGCACCUCUCAGCUGCCUGCACCUGGGGGGAGGCGCAAGGAGACAAGCAGAAAAGCUGUAUCUCAAACACGCUGAAAUGGGAUAUUUUUGCUUUUUCUAAACCAAACAUUUCAUUUUGAGGACACAGAAUAAAAUGCCUGAUGCUGUUUACAUUUCUCUUCCACAUUUUCUCCGGGCUCUGCUCACCAAAUUUGACAUAAAUCCACAAAUCAUUGUAGUCUCUAUCUUUUCAGCCCAUCAUGAUCUGUCCAGACCGUUUUGCCCAGCCCUGGUCCAGCCUCCCAAAUUUAGGACCAGGCAAUCACAGCCCUGCUCAGCUGCUCUGUCACCCAAGGAUGACUUUGAAGGGGGGAGUUCUCUACAGGGAAUAAAUCCGCUGAGAAAUAAAAUGACACCUUUGCCAGCAGAAGUGAGUUUGCAGUAGAUUUAGCCAGCUGGAAAAGUUUCUUCCUCCUUUCCCUCAGAGAACAUGAAAGGAAGAGGGCAAGUGAUUUAAAAGGUAUUAGCAGAAAUUAAUUAAAUUGCUAAAUUAUUAUGGAAUACCUAUGGAAUUACAUAUUACAUCUCUACCGGUGCCAUUAAAAUACAUGCGAUUAACAUCAGUACAAUUAACUCCCAAGUAUCUAAUAUCAUUCUGCCACUCUUUUAGGUAAUUAAUUUAUGAGCUUUUGUUUUACAGCUCUUCCCUUGCACUGAGCGGAGGAAAACCUGCCGGUGCUGGAAGUGCGGUGCUGCUGGCUGCAGCGCGGUGCUGAGCGGCUGGGGCUGGCACCAGCUCAGGCAGCGCCCAGCAUCGGGCUGCACCCGCAGCAGGUGUUUUAUCCUGGGGAUAAAAUAAAUUACCCAGGGGUUACUCUGACAGGUUGUUGUGUGUAUUUUUGUUCUGUCUCAAGCCUGGUAGCUAGCUCUGCAGCCAUGCCUUAUAUUGGAAUGAAUUAAUAUUGCCUUGAGCCUGGUCUGUUGCUAAGGUUGCUUGGGGGGAUGUCUAGCUGUGCUCCCUGGGUGGAGCCGGGAUGGGAAGGGAAUAGUGCUUUAUCCUCCUGGUGCCGUAACCUCUGAGCAGGCUUAGGAGUCCCCACCACCUUUUCCCUGAGGUUGCAAGACACUGUUUUCCACUGCUGACAGAGAGUUGUCGUCUUGGUGGAGAGGGGUGUCCUUGGGGAAGGGCUGCCCUGAGCCCCUGCAUUAGGAGCAGCAGUGGGAGGAGAGGUCCUGGAGGCGAUGCUCACCUGGGAUGCAGUGCACUGCAUCAUUCCUGUAAAGGUGCUUGAGCACACUGGUGCUGGAAGCCUGCUCUGUGGUGAAGGGAGGGAGGAGAGGCUUUUCUCACCUUCUGCUGUUCAACAUCCCCUGGGGGCUCUGUGUGCAUCAUGUUUCUUACUCAGCAACACAACCCUUCCUUUUCAAAACCAUCUUGGAAGCAAGUCUUACGAGCCAGCCCCUCCACAGCAGCCGCCAGAGGAAGGCUGGGAAGUGAGGGGAGAGGAGAGCUGGCUGGGAGGGGUGGUGUGGCUGGUGGCUGCGAGCAGAAAGGAGAGCCAGAGCAGCCAGCAAAGAGCUGGGAGACAUGGAGACAGUGUCGCAAUGGGAGCACUGCAACUGCUCCUUGCCCAGUGCUUGCUGAGGGCAAUGCAAUGCAAACUGCCACCGCCACAAAAUCCAGCCCUGCCCGGCAGGUUCAAGAGCUCCAGGAGCCUUGGGACCGGCAGGAGGGAUGGCACAGUGGUGGUGGCCAUGCAGGGUGAGUGGCUCCCAGCCUGGCUGUUUGCUACGGGAAGGUGAUAUUUUGCUGCGGGCCAUGAGAACUAAAGGAAACAAUUAAAACUAAAUAGGCUGGAACUGAGCAAUUUUUCAGCUUUCCACUGAGAAGGUGUAUUGGCAAAAGAGCUCCUUUGUGAAAUGCUAAAUCCUCCUGGCAAGCUGUAGACUCCCACCUGCUGAAGUGAAGGCAGCACAGCAAUAAUGCAGAAGGGGUGCAAAUUCCCAGCCCUCCAGUGGAAAACCCACAGAGCAGCAUCCCUUGCUGCCAUUCAGAAACAGGCCACGGGCAUGAGGGAUCUCCUGCCCUUGGCGGGGAGAGGCUGGUGGUGCUUUUGGGGGCCCAAGUGGUGCUUCCCUAUCGGUUGCCGACCUGCUGGGCAGUGCUGAGGUGAAUGUCUCCUUCCAAACCAAGAGACAGCUCCUGGAGGAGCCAGCUUCAGCCUGUAGCUUGUAGGAGAUGCCAGGGUGAUGGUACCUCUCGAGAUGCAAAACCCCAAGCUUCUCUGAGCCUUCCUGUCAGGCUGGUCCUGAAGGGCAGCAGCUUGUUCCAGUCCUGUGCAGCCACAGGUAAUCUGUGCUCACUCCCUGGGCAGUGGGGAUGGGCUGGACAGAACCCAUCUACCUCCUGAGCAUUGCAGAACUGCAAAAGGAGCUGACAAGUAAGGGGAGCAAAGCAUCACACUCGGGCAAAUCCAUCUGAUGAAGAGGCAGCAACAGGCUGGUGCUGCUGCAUGCCCAGCGCCGCCUGUGAGAAGAGCCUGGAUCUAGCUCUUGUGUCCCCACAGCCUGGAGGUACCUGCAGGACCUCCACCCUUCUUGCUGCCUUGGGCUGAAUCACCAGAUAUUUUAUCCUCCUGGGGGCUCGCAUCCCGCAUGCAGCAGCACAACCACCUUGCUGCUGCACUGACCCAUGUAUCCCACAGUCAAGGGCACUGGGAAGGCAAGUGGGGUGCGAGCUGUAGCUUUUCUUUCCCAGCUACAGCUGCUCUCAUGUGUCCUGCUUGUCCUCUGAUGAUUUGAUGUUGGCAGGUGAAAAUAUCUGAUGCUGCACCCCACGUGUAAGGCUGGUAUCAGGCACCACACCCUGCGGUCCUGCAGCCAGAUUCUCUGCAUGAGCAUGGCACUGGUGUCUUUUCAGGGUCUGAAAGUGCUUGGGAGGAUUGAGGAGAAGACAGACAAUGCAGCACAAGAAUGGCCCUGCAGCCAGGCUGGCUCUCGGCAGCGUGAGACUUUGCAAACCACACGCCAAGAGCAGGGUGCCUGGGGACAGGUUGCCCUCCCAGCCCAGCAUCUGUUCCUUUUUCCUGAGGUUUAAUUACUGCUCCCACCCGAGUACUUCCCAGUGAACAGGCUCCCUCACAGCCAGCCACAGACAAACACCCACUGCUGCUUUGGGGUGCCUGAGAGCAUCACCUCCUAAAGGAACCCCGGGAAGGUGCAGGGGGCAGAAGCUGCCUGGGCUGCGGGGAAGCCAAGGCAGGGUGCAGGGAGGUGCUGUCCUGCAGGCAGGAGAGCAGUGGGAUGCUUUGCCUCCUAACAUGUACCGCUCCGAUGUCCUCCUCAAGCACACCAUGUGCUUGCGUGCACAGCCCUGCUGAGCAGCCACCAAGCCGUACGGCGGGGAGCGAGUGAGGCUGUCAGGUUGUAUCUAACUGGGCAGGGUAAAAAGGUUCUCCAUUCCCUCCUUGGCAAAACCCAUAGCGCUGCCUGUGGGGUCCCAUGCAUUCUGGUGCCACCCAGUGUAGCCCCAUGCACUGCCACCUUGGCACGUAUGCAAAGAAGACUUUCUUUAUUUUCUUUUCUUUUGUUCAGUCUGGGUUAAUUUGUUGAGCAGAGGGAGACUGAGCAUUCAUGCCAAUAACUGUUUUCCUCCUGCCUGCCCCAGAUUCACUGCACUUUUUAAGCUCAGGCCAAGGCUGCAAUAAAAAACAAAGGACAGGUGUCCAGAGCACCAUAACAGCAAUUCCCGUCCUCCUAAAUUCCUCCUGCCCAGGCUCUGUGGCAAAAGUUUGAGCUUCUCAUUAAUUUAAUCCUGACUUUGAACACCCUGGAUUUUUCAGCUGUGUCUGGUUUUUAGGUCUGGCAUCCUUGAAGGGUAAUAUCCAUUUAAGUUACUUGUUCGGGUUUGCUCAUUUAAUUUCACCUUAAUAAAGAUUUUAUGUGGUUUUGACAUGUUCAGUGUCUCAAAUGUAUUGACACGGCAGCCUGAAGAAGCAUUAUGACCAUAAUAGCUCAGGAAGCAUUAAAAAGACCCCGGCAAGGUAUAUUGAUUGCCCUCUUUCACAGUUGUUUGAAGACAAAGACCAGUCAUAGGGAAGAGCAAGUACUGUAUUUUGGUUUUAUGUGAGCUUCCCUGAUGUUACAGCAUUUUAUGUGUGCAAAAGGCAUUUGCAAAAAUAUCUGUACAAGUCCUUC